AUGGAGUUUCUCCAAGCGAUCGCGGUUGGGGAUCAACUAGUGAUUGAUUCAAUCGUAAACGAAGGGGGGAUUCGUGUUUUAGUCCAUGUGUUGGAUCCGAAAUCGUCCUUUUCAUCUAAAAGUAGAGAGACGUCUAUAAGGGUGAUCAUGAGUUUGUGUUCGGAUUUAACAAAUUUGAACAGUUUAGUGAGUUAUGGUUUCAUGGAUCACAUACUACAUUUUGUUCAAGAUGGUGACAUCGCGGUUCAAGAAUCGUGUCUAAAAGCCGCGUAUUGGUUAAGUGGGAUAUCGGAUGAUUUCAAGAAAGCAAUGGGUGAGGCGGGAUUCAUACAAGUAAUCAUCAAACUCAUUGCUACAAAGCCGAUUGAGAUUAGAGAUUUGGCAUCUAAGAUGUUGUCUAAUUUGGUUUCAAUCCCCACGAAUAGAAAAAGAUUGGUGGAAGAUGAUCAAAAUGUGAGCUUGAUUAUGCAAUCAAUUGAUCAAGAAGGGACUUCGACCAACAGAAAGCUUCUCCUUCCGAUAAUCAUGUCGUUAUCGGGAUGUAAUAGUGGCCGAAAGAAAAUUUUGAGUUCCAGGUACUUGAAAAACAUAGAAAAGUUAGCCGAUGAUCAAGUGUCGGAUGCUAGGAAGAUCCUUAGGAACCUGUCAUCGAAUCGGUUUGUUCGGUUGGUUAGAGGGAUUUGGCACUAA